AAAAAAUUGGAUAUCCAAGGAGCAUCAUUGGCAGAAAGAAAAAAAAUAAAGUCAAAAAUUGAAAUGUUUCGCUGUGCUGUUUUAGCUGUUCGCAGCAUACGACCUCUUUCGAUCCCAUAUUUCAAUGCAGCCAGGAUCAUUCGCAAUGACCACAGAGGUUUUAAUACUUUGAAUAAAAUAGGCUGCAAUGCAAUUCCCGAGGUUGGAGUUUCUAGUUCUUUGGUGAAUAACAAACAGAUAUUGGAUAUAUCGAGAAAUAUUGUCCCGGUGCCGUCAAGGACUGUUACUAAAUUCAGUUUGAAGAAAGGGAAAAGGAAGACUGUGAAGGCAGUUAUUCGGAGAUUCUACAGAUUGGAUUGGGGAGCGUGGAUUCGACCUAGAGUAGGAAGAAAGAAGAGGCUGUGGACUAAGUCUGGGGCCCGACAAAGGCGUCUAAGGCAACACUUGUUAGUCAACUCUACCCAGACUACUCUCCUUGACAAAAUGGUAACAAAAUUCUGGAAGAAACCCAAGUACUAUGUGGACGACCCUUAUGCACCUUACCACACAAGAGAAGAGUUUUCCAUUACAAGAAAAAAACCAUUUCAACACAAGUAAUGUAUGUAGGUACUUGCAGAUAGUUGUAUUUAUUGUUAAUUUUUAGUUUAAAAUAAAUAAUAUGAAAUUACAA